AUGGACAGCUAUGUUCAAGACAUGGCAUCACUCGCUUCCCCCGCAACCGUUUCUGACUUGAAUCUCAACUUAUUUCCAAUUUCUAUCGCAUCUAAAGAGGAACUCUUCAAUGCAUUUCCCAUUCAGUUAGAAAAACCUAACCUAAUAUUUCUGGAGAAAUAUCCGACACAUCUUGGAGUUGAGAUAGUUUUGGACUUUUCUUCGUAUAGAGAAUAUAUUAAUAUAAUCCGAGUCUAUGACAGAUCCGGCGGUUUAGCGGAUCAACUCUUCCCCCAUUCACUACGUCUUCCGGCACUCAUUCAGAUGCAUAGAAACCAAUCCUUUGAAUUGAUUGCCAGUGCUCAUUCAGACAAUGAACAGCUACUUCGUCAAGCAUUUGGAGAUAAGAUUAAAAGUAAUUUAAAUAUUGAUACAAAUGAUAACAUAAUUAUUACGGAUGACGUAAAAAUGGUCAAUAAGUCUGUGACCCCACGGACUCCUCUACCCUUAAGUCUGGCCGAUCUCUACAAUACUCUCCGAUACUCUCUUCACAAAGAAGUGACUCGUUUUCAGACAUUGAAUUCAACGCAAGUCUCAGUUCUUAAGAAAUAUUUUUCUGUUGUCUAUAAAUACUUUCCGUUUGAUAACGAGAAUGUUCGCCGAUUUUUCAAACGAAUGAAACAUUGGUUCGCAAACAAAACCAAAGAAAUAAAAAUUGAUAAUUUCAAGGCAGCCAUGAAAAUAAGUGACGGAUAUUUGCCACCAAUCGUUCAAUGGAGACAUUGUAGUGCAAGUAAAUCCCAUUUUCGUGGCUAUCCGUGCGGUUUGUGGUCUAUGUUUCACGUGAUGACAGUCAAAGAAUAUUCUAUGAAUUCCACUCAUAAUAGUCACGAAGUGUUGGAUCUAAUGCGAGACUUUGUGAUCCACUUCUUUUCGUGCGAACACUGCGCCAAACAUUUCGAAAAGACUUCCAGAAGAUUGAGUUCUGUCUUAACCACUGCCGAGAGCUCUGUUCUAUGGCUUUGGAGAGUUCAUAAUCAGGUGAACCAUAGGACUAAAGGCAGUGAAAGCGAAGACCCUUUCUUUCCCAAAAUACAAUACCCUUCCCAUCAAAUGUGUAGUCAAUGCUAUCAACAAAACAAUGAGUUCAAUGAAACCAAUUUUUUAGUUUUAUCUAAAUUCUCCAAAACAUUAAGAUAUUAA